GAAGCCCGUGAUUGCACCAGACAAAUCGACCUAAGAAAAGUUAUCAUAGUUAAAUGCGUUCAUAUUUAUAAUAUAUAAUAUACCGACUUUACGCGGAACGUAACUUUAUGUGUUGGGUCGCCACGGGUUUGUGUUCGGAAGGACGUUUUGUAUGCAUAUAUUACUUCUCGCAAACUUUGCCCCCUGACUAUCGUUACAUCGUGGCUUUUUUUUAGUUGUGGCAAACUUAAAGUUGAACUCAAACUCAUUAACUCGACUAUAUCAGGUCUGGCACUUUAUAAAGUCCCUUAGAACAGUAACAUGCCAUUGGCACAGUUUCCAGAUCCGUUUCAGAAGUUACCCUUAAGCAAUGACACAGAGCAGGUCACUGAUGAUGCCAUGGGGGAAGAGGACCAUGUUGAAAGUGAGGACUCUGCUGUAGAGAUCAACAUCACCAAUGUGGUUAAAGAAGGCUCAGAGAAGGCUGACCCGUCACACUUUGACCUCCUCAAAGUUCUAGGACAGGGCUCCUUUGGCAAGGUGUUUCUGGUAAAGAAAAUUACAGGCCCAGAUGCAGGCCAGCUCUAUGCCAUGAAAGUGCUAAAGAAGGCCACGCUUAAAGUGAGGGAUCGUGUGCGGACCAAGAUGGAGAGGGAUAUCCUGGUGGAUGUCAACCACCCCUUCAUUGUCAAACUUCACUACGCCUUCCAGACAGAAGGGAAGCUUUAUCUGAUCCUUGACUUCUUGCGAGGAGGUGACUUGUUUACUCGGUUGUCCAAAGAGGUCAUGUUUACUGAGGAGGAUGUUAAGUUCUACCUGGCUGAGCUGGCUUUGGCGCUUAAUCACCUUCACACUCUUGGGAUCAUCUACAGGGACCUCAAACCAGAGAAUAUUCUUUUGGAUGAAGAGGGUCAUAUCAAAUUGACAGAUUUUGGCCUGAGUAAGGAAUCGGUGGACCAUGAAAAUAAGGCCUACUCUUUCUGUGGGACGGUGGAGUACAUGGCCCCAGAGGUGGUGAACCGCAGAGGCCACACCCACACAGCUGAUUGGUGGUCCUAUGGGGUCCUCAUGUUUGAGAUGCUGACGGGGACGUUGCCCUUCCAGGGAAAAGACCGGAAAGAGACGAUGACCAUGAUUCUCAAGGCCAAGCUCGGCAUGCCACAGUUCCUGAGCGCUGAGGCCCAGUCGUUGCUGCGGAAUCUCUUCAAGCGCAACCCUGGCAACCGCUUAGGAGCAGGGCCCGACGGUGUUGAGGAAAUUAAGAGACACGCAUUCUUCUCAACUAUUGACUGGAACAAACUGCUCCGUAGGGAAAUCCCACCUCCCUUCAAGCCGGCCACUGGAAGAAGAGACGACACUUUUUACUUCGACAAGGAGUACACCGCCAGGACCCCACGUGACUCUCCUGGUGUACCCCCCAGUGCAAAUGCUCACCAGCUCUUUAGGGGUUUCAGUUUUGUGGCCAUUUCUGAAGAGGAACAGUGUGGUCAGCCCCCCACCACACAGCAUUGCCCCCCUCUGAGUAAUGCGCGUAAUGCACGUCAGUUCUCUGAUGUGUACGAGUUGAAGGAGGACAUCGGAGAGGGAUCCUACUCCGUCUGUAGGCGCUGCAUACAGCACAGCACUGGAGCCGAAUACGCCGUCAAGAUCAUCAACAAGUCCAAGAGAGACCCAGCUGAGGAGGUGGACAUUCUGCUUCGCUACGGCCAGCACCCCAACAUCCUCACACUCAAAGACGUGUAUGAUGAUGGGCGGUCAGUCUACCUGGUCACUGAACUGAUGAAAGGGGGGGAGCUGCUGGAUAAGAUCUUGCGUCAGAAGUUUUUCAGUGAGCGUGAGGCAAGCGCUGUGCUACACACCAUCACUAAAACCGUGGACUACCUGCACUCACAGGGGGUGGUCCACAGGGACCUGAAGCCCUCCAAUCUCCUGUACGUGGACUCCUCUGGUGAUCCCUCCUCCGUUCGCCUGUGUGACUUUGGCUUCGCCAAGCAGCUGCGGGCCGAUAACGGCCUUCUCAUGACACCCUGCUACACCGCCAACUUCGUUGCUCCCGAGGUUCUGAAGAAACAGGGCUAUGAUGCUGCGUGUGAUAUCUGGAGUCUGGGUGUUCUCCUCUACACCAUGCUGACAGGCUUCACUCCAUUUGCUAACGGGCCUGAUGACACUCCAGAGGACAUUCUGACUCGUAUUGGCUCCGGAAAGUUCUCCCUGACUGGUGGAUACUGGAACUCCGUCUCUGCAGAGGCCAAGGACCUGGUCUCUAAGAUGCUGCACGUGGACCCUCACCAGCGCUUAACAGCCGCUCAGGUCCUGCGCCACCCAUGGAUUGUCCACAAGGACCGUUUACCUCAGUUCCAACUACAGCGACAAGACGCUCCCAAUCUGGUCAAGGGUGCGAUGGCUGCAACCUACUCGGCUCUGAGCCGCCAUGUGUCCCCUGCUCUGGAGCCAGUCGGUCGCUCUACACUGGCCCAGCGCCGCGGGGUGAAGAAGUUGCCCUCCACCGCCGUCUGACCUCAGAGUCACCUCUGCUUUACCUCAACAUGACCCCUCAGAUGACCUCAAGAUGACCUUUGGAUAACUUUCAGACAACUUCCAGACCACCACUACCAAGUAUGGUAUGAACCAGAUCUGUGUGCAGAUGAGGACUAUCAAUAAGAAAAUGACCGAGAGAUGGACUUUUGAUAAACUGUGUUUAGUUUUUGAACAUUUCUAUUUCAUUCUGCCAUGCUUUAGAACGUUCCGCCUAGUUAUAUCAAUUUAUACUGCCUCCCUUACCAAGUACAAACACUGAAUCUGUGUCUAAACACCUUCCAUUAUGCAGCUGAUGCCUCAGUAGGACUCCUACACAAGUUGACCUUAACAGCUGCUGAGUUAAAGAUUUAAUAGUCAGUUAAUAGUUAGUUAAUAAAGUUAAAUGGUGAACAGAUGGGAAAGGUUCAAGCUAGCCUACCUAGCAUACUAACAUGACUGAGCAUUAGCAUGGACCGCUCAGAUAGCAUAUCGCUGAUGACUUGUAAAACAGUGAAAAUAUAGCUAUAGUUUUGGUUAUACCUAAUGAUUGCCAUGCUUAUUCAUCUUUCUGAUUCCUGAAAUCACAGCACAGACCUGAUUUAGUUUGUCAUAAUUGCGUUCUUAGAUGUUAAACAUACACAGGAGAGUCAACCAAUUAGACACUCAACCAAUGAUGUAGUCGUACCCAUAACCUUAGAUAGAUGCUAUAAACAGUAUUGUUACAUUUCCGUUGUGGUGUGGCCUUUCCAACUCUGAGCCCAGAACUGGAUAAAGAUUCUUCAGGACAGCUUAUGUGUUUAUAGCCACUUUCAUGCUGUAGUCUUCAACUUUUCUACACAUUACUCAAACUGUAUGAGAGAAUGGUAUGACCUGGAUGUUUCUCUGCAACCUUCCAAAAAUUAGCCCAUGCGUGACAGUUGCGGUUUCAAGCUGCGUGUCCUGAGUCCCAAAAAAUAUCUUCAGUAUACUAAAAUGUCCCAGUUUUCUCCUUCACUCGUAGUUACCUACACCAAUCAAAAACAUGAACAAUGCAACUUGCACCUGAAUUCAACGCUGUUUUUUCUGUAUGUGUCAAGCGGUGUAUCAUUGCCAAGGCUGUUUGCUGUGGCCCUCCUGAAUCUGGUCAAUUUAGCGGUCAUCAUGCCAAAGAGAAUGGUGGCCUUAUCUUACUGCCCAGUAGGCUUACUGUUCCUUUUUUUAGCAUAAUAUCUGGCAAGAAAAAUUCUGUGUUGAUAUAAAUGUUGAUAUAAAACAUCAGAUAAGACCACCAUAAGUUAUAUUACACCGGUGCAAUUGUGUUUAGUAGCAUUGUUAUACAGAAUCUUUAGACAUUAGCCGGCUUCAGACCGUCAAGCCAAAGCCGAGCUAGCCAGGCCGUGCCGGGGCUAAUUGCUUUCACACCUUCAGGUGCUGGUGCUAACUGGUGCCACUUAGGGGCUAUAUUGGUGCUACUGGCCCCUGAUUUUUGGCCCACCCUAAACGUUGGUCCACUUGGUGCUAGAGCCGGGCUAGGGGUCGUGUCAAGGUGAAGGCAGGGUCAACCCCUUGUUGUGUGAGAAAGUCGAGAAACAUGAUGGAAUGGAAUGGCUAUAAAAGCACAGCUAUAUUUGCUAGUACACCGAGUUUAGAGAUAGCGGUUAUGUCUGUAUUAAAGAGGUUUGCCUGUCAGUAGGCUAACUCUAUCCAGAGGUCGCCAUUUAGCACAGUAGGCUAAAAUUAAAAGAGUUAAAAGAAUUAUGAGUUAAUUAACAUAGACAAACGUCCCACUAAAUUAUUCCUGCCAGUGUGUUUUAUGCUAUCAAUAGUGUAGCCUACUUAGAUCGUAAAAGCUCCAAUUUCAGUUUCAGCCCCUUUCGUUCAGAAAUUCUAAAAUAAAGAUGUUUUUUAAUAACCUGACUCCGCCAGAUGGAUUUGCUCCGCAUAUCCAUCUGGGAACUUUUCAUUGAAGAACUUUUGGGAAGGAGCGGAAAUACUGUUUAGCUAAUUGGAUAAACCAUCUGUCUAUCACCACCUUUGGUGGUUAUCGACGGGCCAAAUCAACCAAUUAGAUGAACAAAGUGUUCUUCUAAUGCCUUCGUUUAACAUACAAUUAAGUUAGGUAACGUAACUAACGUUAAGAUGUUUUAACUUACCAUUUGUAUGUGACAUGAACCUAAUCAACGAGAUCAUUUAUAGAAAUGAAUAGGCUAUUAAGUGACAUACACGUAAAAGGACAGAAAUAGGUGACUGACUUCGAUAGCACACAGUAUAGGAAAGAGAUACGCGACUUUCUGCUCAUCCUAUGUGAAAAUUGGUGACGUUUUCACAAGCGAGGGUGUGUCGAGGUGUAAUGCGGAGAGGCUAAUGGCCUGACAGUCUGAACACAAACGUCUCAGGGUCAUGAGGCUUGUAGCCUGGGCUACUAUCACCAGGUGGCCCCUCAAAUUACCCUAGCCUGGCCUGGCUCAACGGUCUGAAGCCGGCUAUUGUGUCUGUACGUCAAAACCGCUUUGGUCUCCUUACAGCGUGUCCUAACAGGAUCUGACUGUAUUGUAGCAUUCAAUGUUAUCUGUCUACACUGAAUCUGUUAAAUAUGUCUCUAUUGCAUCACAUUUGACAUUCCAAUUGAAAACAAUGCUCUGGAGGGUCUUGCUGUCUGCACCAUGUACAGUAGGUGUUAUAUAGAACUGGAGAGGGGAAGAAAGUACCACCCUAAUUCAUUUCAAUGGUCCGUGAUAGGCCAUGUCUGACCUUGACCGCAACCAUCUUUUUCUAAAAUGGCGUUUCACAUGUUUUUCCGGCACCAAUCUGGAGUCAAUUGGGUGUCCUCUUACAGAUGGAGAAAACAUAGAGAACAACGAUAUGCCAUCGAUAUCGAUCAGCCAAUCUACACGGAUGACAUAUUUUGUGGCCAUCAGAAAUGUGUCACCUAAUUGGCUUGUAAGUGAAAAUGGGGCCAGAAGCAAGCACAUGUUGGAUGCCAUUUUUAAAGAUGGUGCUCUUACAAAAAAUAACUGCAGUGAUGGGAUCAUUAUACUGCAGGUUUUCUGCAGGUACAAUACAGUCAGAAUAUUGCUUUUGUGCAGUAAAGUGCAGCACAUGUUUUGGACAGUUUUUUUCAUGACAAAAACAUUGCACUUGCACUAGUGCAGUUAUUUUUUGUAAGGGUGGUGGCCAGCUUUGAUGCUAACUGGCCGAAACCAGAGAGGAGACACAGCACUCAAAGAAUCCUCCAUAGAAAUGCAUUGGGUAGUUUGUAAUGCCAAUAUGCCAGUAGUCUAUACAUAUAUCUCGCCCCUUCCUGUAUGCCUCCCCAUUCACUUGAAUAGGAAAAUAGCUGCCUGAUAACUGCCCAAAGUGCGUUACCAAGAUGGCUGCCGAGUGGGGGGACUUGCCUAUAAGGACUUUACUGAAACUAACCCUGUAAAUGCUAACCUCCUGCUCUGGGAUGCUAACGGGCUGAAGCUAACCCUCCAAAUCCUGACACCCUGGUCUGCAUCCAGCCCUAGCACUCAUGAGAGUGACUCUGCUGGACUCUGCAUUCCAGCAACCUUGUCUGAGAGCUGCACUGGCGAAGGAGUAGAAUUGAUUCCAAAUGUUUGAAAAGUUCCUCACAUUGCACAUUUCCCUGAAUGCAUUUAUAAGUCGUAAAGACAGAAUUCCAUAGGACUAUAUCGGGCUAAUGCAAUGCCAGGUCUACAAUGAACUUUUUUGCACUUGACAAUCAGUCUUCUCAAACAUAAGGAGCAAAAAUCUACCCAGUGAAAGUUUAAAAUUGAUGUGUUGGAUUUUUUGUAUACAUGUUUUUUGGCUCUGUGUUGCCAAGAUAUCCACUAAAGUUAGCAUGCUAAUUAAUUACCCUAGGAUUAUAUUCUCUUGUAAUACCUCUGUGUACCUUGAGAGGCACUGUAUUAAAUAUAUACAAGUCAAUACACGGGAGCUGUAACGGUGCAUUCAAGGCAACUCAAAUUCUACACACACCCCUUUAAGGAAUAUUUUAGGAUUCUAGAUACACACCCCUUUAAGAAAUAUUUUAGGAUUCUACACACACAUUCCUUUGAGGAAUAUUUUAGGAUUCUAUACACACAAUCCUUUCAGGAAUAUUUCUACACACAACCCUUUAAGGAAUAUUUUAGGAUUUCAUAUAUGUAAUUUAAUUCUACAUACCCCUGUUAACCUAAGUAAUAUUUUAGGAUUUCAUAUGUAAUUACUAGUAUUUGAAGUCUGACUAUUCACCAGACAAUGUAAGUAUGUAGCCUUACCGAAUCAAACAGGCUAUACAGUAGGCUAGUUGUCUUCGUUUUGGGGACUGGGAUUAUCUGAUAUUAAAUGCUUGAAAUAAUUAUACAUGCUUAUAAAUAUAAAUAUGAAGUUUCAGUAUGCUAUAAAGUGUUCAAAAGGAUUUGUAAGACACAAUUCUGAUGUUUCCUGAUCUUGUGGAAUGGAUAUUCUGCUGCAUUUCAGAUGGCUACUUUCUAAAGCCUUGUAUUCUACAGUACCUGUGAUGUUGCAUGUAUGUGUGUGUGAAGAGAGGAGCAGGGCAGUCAUAUGCUCCUACUCAGGACUUAUGUUAACAGUUCAGGAGUGUUCGCUUCACGCUCUCCAGCACAUGUACUGUAUGCAGAAGUCAGUGAUGUGGGAUGUGUUGUGAACUUCACUGGUUGCCUUUGCUCUUGUUGGUUAUUCCGGCUCCAAACCAUCUCUUACGUCUCUCCUUUCUUCUGGAACGCUGUGAAUGACACAACAAGGCAGGGGCCUCUUGAAAAUUAUGGAGGCUGUGCAUCAUACAACACAUAGGCAGCGUUAUUUUACACACUCCAAUCACCUAUUGAACAUGCACUUGAUAUAUCUAGAUAUAGCUUCAAAGAGAUUAAUUUGCUUUUAUACCUUUGGGAAAUAUGCUGGUGUUUAUGUGGGAUAUGGCUUUUGGUGAGUAUGGACUGUAUGGGAAAGUCUAUUUGGAUUCCAAAUGUAUUCUGUAACUUUUUUUAUCUUCUUUCUAUAAUCUAUAUUUUAACAAUUUAACAUGAUUAUAAUUCUUUGUCACGUGGCUUUAAUGAUCAACAAUUUAAAAAAAUGUGAAUGUUUUUUUACAUACAUAAACCAGAGCAGAAUCAUUGCAAGCAGCACAACCCUUCAUGCAGAUAGCAUGGGGAGAACCUAUAUUCUAUCACAGAGUUCUAUAGGUUCUCCCCAUACCAUCACAGGGCCCUAUAGGUUCUUCCCAUUCCAUCACAGAGCCCUAUAGGUUCUCCCCAUUCCAUCUUAGAGCUUACAACAUGGACUCCAGAUGUUGCCUAUUCCAUUCCAGAACCCUAUAGGUCUGGUCCAUUACAGUUCUGAGUGCUGCUGCUCCUAGCGCCCACUCAUUGGGCUGGGAGCUGGACCUGCUGGGUCCUCCAGCAUCAGAUCAACAUGCUGUCCCGACUCAGUAGUUGGGUUUGGCUCUCUAGAUGCAGAUUAUGGGCUAGAUUCUGUGUGUUCUGCAUGUGUGUUUGUGUAUGUAUGUGUAAGUGUUUCGACUGUCCCUGAACACUGUCAAGAAAGAAUAUCGUACUUACUUAUCUGUUUUGCUUCUUGUAUCAGAAAAAUAAGUACAUAAAGGGAUGAUUGUUUGAACAAUGGGAUAUUUUAGUUCAGUGCUUAUCCGAGACCAAUUGUCAAAUCCAUUUAAAAAAUGUAUUUCUGUCUCUUCUGCUGUGUCUCUAUAUGUGUCAAUGAUUAAGUCAAUAAAAAUAUUUUUUCUACUUAUAU